AACAUCCGGUCUCUUCGAGCAAACAAGGCAGGUCACACGGUACAUAGUACCAAACACGAGGUAUUAAAAUCAAAUAAAAUGGGUUUUUGCGUAUAAAGUAAAAUUGAAACAACAACAAAUCAGUUACUAGUGUAUUUAUAGUUUAAAAGAGGUCAAGAAAGAAAAUAAAUAUAAGAAAAUAAAAUAAAUUUAAAAGUGUGUACUGUAUCGCGGUAUUGGGAGGCUCGUGUCACGUGGUGGCCACCCACGUUUCGGAUUGUGGAUAAACAAGGAGAAAAGAGAAUUAGUGAGUGACUGUCGGGUAUGAAAAGAGAGAAAGAGAUCAAGUGAAAGAGAUAUAGAACAAGAGAGGAUAAGAAAGAGAAAGAAAGAGAGAAAGAGUGCGAGGUGAGCACAUUGGCAAGAAUAGUCGGCACAGAGAAACGGUGUGUAUGGUAAGGUAACCGUGUACAUAUCUCUUUUGUGGGUUAACAUCCGCCGUUGUGUGUUGGGAGAGCAGUUGAUAGACGGGGUGAGCCGGCCAUAUUACGGAAGAAAUAGAUACACGGUGCUACGUGCGUGCGUGGAGCGUGCACGAAGCGCUUAGCAAGUACAAGAAACAGCAAGAGAAAAGGAAAAGUGGUCAUACUGACGAGUGGCGAUAAUCUUAAAAGAUUGGCCACGAUGUCGUCAACAUAUUCGCGAACCCAAGAGAGUGACGCGUGGGCGCUUCUUGCCCUUAAGUCAGCACCGGCAAGUCCGAAUAAAAUGCAGUGGAACCCAGAGACUAAGGGUGCACCAAUAGCAAGAUUAGAGGGUCGUGAAUUCGAAUAUAUGGUACGCCAGAGACGAAUUACAAUAGGACGGAAUAGUAGCAAGGGUGAGGUGGAUGUUAACAUGGGCCACUCAAGUUUUAUCUCACGACGACACUUGGAAGUAUUUUAUGAUCAUCCAUACUUCUUCAUGACCUGCAAUGGAAAGAAUGGAGUUUUUGUUGAUGGUGUUUUCCAGCGUAAAGGAGCACCUGCUUUUCAAUUACCUAAAACAUGUACAUUUCGAUUUCCCAGUACAAGUAUAAGGCUUGUGUUUCAAUCGUUAGUCGAUGAACAAGAGCAUAGCAAUGUUCUAUCAGCGACACCAAAGCAAAGAGCAUUAUUGCCACCACUACGAAUUAAUAUUCCUGAUACAGGAUACAGUAGUCCUUUUCCAUCACCAACAGGUACUAUCAGUGCUGCUAAUUCCUGCCCAGCAAGUCCUAGGGCAGGACAAAGUAGACGAAAUAUUUCAGCUGAUCUACAAAUGGUUGCUGUUUAUGCAGCAGCAGCAGUAGCCAAUGAUCCUCAGAACUCUGUGAACGAUCGACAAGAGCCUGGCCAAAGUUCGAGCCGACAAUUGAGUCCGGAAUCUGUAGCUGAAUCCCGAUAUCGGAAUAAUACUGCUUCAGGUUCUAAUGGAACGACUGCACCACAUUAUAGUCCACCCAAGGAUGAUUCGAAACCUCCAUAUUCAUACGCUCAAUUGAUUGUCCAAGCGAUUGCUUCAGCUCAAGACAAACAACUCACGCUUUCUGGCAUUUAUUCUUACAUCACCAAGCAUUACCCAUACUACCGGACCGCAGACAAGGGCUGGCAGAAUUCCAUCAGACACAAUUUAUCAUUAAAUCGAUAUUUUAUCAAAGUACCUAGAAGUCAGGAGGAACCCGGGAAAGGUUCAUUCUGGAGGAUAGAUCCUCAGUCAGAGGCUAAACUAAUUGAACAAGCAUUCAGAAGACGGAGACAGCGUGGUGUGCCGUGCUUUCGUGCACCUUUUGGAUUAUCAUCCAGAAGUGCACCAGCUUCUCCAUCCCACGUGGGUAUUAGUGGUAUAAUGACGCCUGAAUGUUUAAGUAGAGAAGGUUCACCAGGACCAGAAUCUUAUCCCGAUAGUUCAGUUCCAUCACCAGCUGGUCAACUAACAAGUCAGUCUGCUCCAGGAUCACCUGGACAUCCUUAUGUAUCACCAGCCGCGCCUUCUCAUAAAACUCGUCUUGUACAGCAGAUUACAGUUGUUACUAAUGGCGUAAAUAGUGAUACCCCAAGAGAAGAAAAAUAUGUAGUGUCUGGAAAUAUAGUGGAAGAACAAAUGUUAUCGCCCGCGGGCCAAUAUAGUCCAGCUCCUGUUAUUGUACAAACAAGUUAUAAUUACAGUGGUACAUUUGUCGGUCCUGACGCAGGCGUUGGGGUGAGUAAACGAGCUCAUGAAGAACCCGACAGUUCACCCGGUUCUCCUGCUCCACUGUCGAUUGUCGAGAGUCCUGAGCCUUCAGAACAACAUCAACAACAGCAACAGCAAAAACGACAGCGUAUAAAUGAUGCGGAUGAUCAUUAAAUGAAUUAUUUAGUAUCUUAUUCUUCUUAUAAUAUAGGACAUCGUUAUGACAUUAUUUUCCUAUU